AUGUCUCCUGAUAGCAGUUACGGGCGUUAUGAUGCGCCUACGCCAGGUGACCAUAAUAUGAUGAGCCCGGCGCACAAGGAACGGGAGCCCGAGUUGCAUAUAGAGUUUGACGGCACCACGGUGCUCUGCCGCGUGUGCGGCGAUAAAGCUAGUGGUUUUCACUAUGGCGUGCAUUCCUGCGAAGGUUGCAAGGGUUUCUUCCGCCGAUCCAUACAACAGAAGAUACAGUACAGGCCCUGCACGAAAAAUCAACAAUGCUCCAUCCUUAGGAUCAACAGAAAUCGGUGCCAGUAUUGCCGAUUGAAAAAAUGCAUCGCCGUGGGCAUGAGCAGAGAUGCCGUGCGAUUCGGACGUGUUCCAAAGCGCGAGAAAGCGCGCAUCCUAGCAGCGAUGCAACAAUCGUCUACCUCGCGAGCAAACGAGCAGGCAGCGGCAGCAGAAUUGGACGAUGCCCCACGGUUGCUGUCGCGAGUAGUCCGUGCUCACCUCGAUACCUGCGAGUUCACGCGGGAUCGCGUUGCUGCCAUGCGUGCUCGUGCUCGCGACUGUCCCACCUACUCACAACCUACUCUGGCUUGUCCUCUAAACCCGGCACCAGAGCUACAAUCUGAGAAAGAAUUUUCUCAGCGGUUUGCGCACGUGAUUCGUGGUGUUAUAGACUUUGCUGGGCUUAUCCCUGGCUUCCAGCUGCUAACACAAGAUGACAAAUUCACGUUGCUCAAAAGUGGACUAUUUGAUGCGUUAUUUGUGCGGUUAAUCUGUAUGUUUGACGCGCCACUCGAUAGUAUAAUUUGUCUCAACGGUCAAGUCAUGAAACGAGACUCUAUCCAAAGUGGCGCCAAUGCGAGGUUCCUUGUUGAUUCAACAUUUAAGUUUGCUGAACGUAUGAAUUCUAUGAACUUAACUGACGCGGAAAUCGGUCUUUUCUGCGCAAUAGUGCUCAUCACACCAGAUCGGCCAGGACUCCGUAAUGUAGAGCUAGUGGAAAGAAUGCACGCGCGGCUCAAGGCCUGUCUACAAACGGUGAUCGCGCAGAACAGGUCUGACCGACCAGGCUUCCUUAGGGAAUUAAUGGACACCCUUCCUGAUUUACGCACCCUUAGCACACUUCAUACAGAAAAGCUAGUAGUUUUUCGUACUGAACAUAAAGAAUUACUAAGGCAGCAAAUGUGGAACGAUGAAGAAGGUGUUUUAUGGGCAGAUUCUGGCGCAGACGAGUCAGCACGCAGCCCUAUCGGAUCAGUUUCGAGCAGCGAGUCAGGCGAGGCCCUGGGCGAUUGCGGAACACCCCUACUAGCUGCCACUCUUGCUGGCCGCCGUCGCCUGGACUCACGAGGCUCUGUCGACGAAGAAGCUCUCGGUGUGGCGCACCUGGCACACAAUGGGCUCACCGUCACACCAGUCCGCCCGCCACCGCGCUACCGAAAACUAGACUCGCCCACAGACUCCGGUAUUGAGUCAGGAAAUGAAAAGCAUGAAAGAAUAGUUGGUCCUGGCUCAGGCUGUUCGAGUCCACGAUCCUCCCUGGAAGAGCACACAGAUGACAGGCGGCCACCAGCGUCGGCUGACGAUAUGCCUGUGCUCAAGCGCGUACUGGAAGCGCCUCCCUUGUACCAUACCACGUCACUAAUGGACGAAGCGUACAAACCUCAUAAGAAAUUCCGCGCGAUGAGGCGCGAUACGGGCGAAGCUGAAGCGCGGCCAGUGCGACCUAUGCCGUCUGCGAUGCCACAACACCCGCAUCCUGCAAGCCCUGCGCACCCUGCGCAUUCACCCCGUCCUCUACGCGCUUCGCUCUCCUCUACGCACUCCGUGCUUGCCAAGAGCCUGAUGGAGGGCCCUCGCAUGACGCCUGAGCAGCUAAAGCGGACGGACAUCAUCCAGCAGUACAUGCGGCGCGGCGAGGCGGGCGAAGGCUGUCCCAUGCGCACAGGCGGGCUCCUGUCGUGCUAUCGCGGCGCAUCGCCAGCGCCGGCGCCCGUCAUGGCGCUGCAGGUGGACGUGUCGGACGCGGACGCGCCGCUCAACCUCUCCAAGAAGUCGCCUUCGCCGCCGCGCUCCUUCAUGCCUCAAAUGUUAGAGGCGUGA